AUGUCCGAGGACUUGGACUCGAUCAGCGAGGAAGAACGAAGCUUGUUCCGACCCUUCACAAGAGAGUCACUGGCCGCUAUCGAAGCCCGCAUAGCUGAGGAGCAUGCCAAGCAAAAGGAACUCGAGAAAAAACGAGCGGAAGGCGAGAACGAUUUGGGGCGGACGAAAAAGAAAAAAGAAGUGCGUUACGAUGACGAGGACGAGGACGAAGGUCCUCAACCGGACGCGACCCUGGAGCAGGGCCUGCCGCUGCCGGUGCGAAUGCAGGGCACCUUCCCCGCGGAGGUAUCUUCCAUACCCCUCGAGGACAUCGACCCCUUUUAUCAUAACCAAAGAACCUUCGUAGUGAUAAGCAAGGGUAGAGAUAUCUUCAGAUUUUCGGCCACUAACGCCCUAUGGUUACUAAACCCGUUCAAUCCUAUAAGAAGAGUGGCGAUAUACAUUCUAGUACACCCUUUGUUCUCGUUGUUUAUCAUUACCACAAUUUUAGUCAACUGUAUUCUUAUGAUAAUGCCUACGACACCAACCGUCGAAAGUACUGAAGUUAUCUUUACCGGGAUCUACACGUUUGAAUCAGCGGUGAAAGUAAUGGCCAGGGGUUUCAUACUACAGCCAUUCACAUAUCUUAGAGAUGCAUGGAAUUGGCUUGACUUCGUAGUUAUAGCUUUAGCUUAUGUGACAAUGGGUAUAGAUCUUGGCAACUUGGCUGCCCUCAGAACGUUCAGGGUACUCCGAGCGUUGAAGACUGUGGCUAUCGUACCGGGUUUGAAGACUAUCGUUGGCGCCGUCAUAGAAUCAGUGAAGAAUCUGCGGGAUGUGAUAAUCUUAACUAUGUUUUCACUAUCUGUGUUCGCGCUAAUGGGCCUACAGAUCUACAUGGGAGUGUUGACGCAAAAGUGCAUAAAAGUUUUUCCGGAAGACGGCUCCUGGGGUAACCUCACCGAUGAGAACUGGGAGAGGUUCUGCCAGAAUGAGACCAACUGGUAUGGGGGUGGAGGGGAAUACCCAUUAUGUGGGAAUUCAUCAGGAGCUGGACAAUGCGAACCGGGCUACAUUUGCUUGCAAGGUUACGGCCCGAAUCCAAACUAUGGCUAUACGAGUUUCGACACCUUUGGUUGGGCGUUUUUGUCAGCUUUCCGACUUAUGACUCAAGACUAUUGGGAAAAUCUUUAUCAAUUGGUUCUACGAUCAGCGGGGUCAUGGCACGUGCUGUUCUUUGUGGUUAUCAUCUUCUUGGGAUCGUUCUAUCUCGUGAACUUGAUCUUGGCUAUUGUCGCUAUGUCUUACGAUGAGUUGCAAAAGAAGGCUGAAGAGGAAGAACAGGCAGAAGAAGAAGCUUUGCGGGAAGCGGAGCAGAAAGCAGCAGCUCGAGCUGAUAAGCAGGAGGCGCGGGAGGCGCACGCGCGUGAGCAGGCGGCGGCGGCUGAGGCGGCCGCAUACGCUGAAGCGCAUCCGGCAAAGUCUCCAUCGGACUUCUCGUGUCAAAGCUACGAACUCUUCGUGAACCAGGAGCGAGGCAACCAGGACGACAAUACGCGCGAGCGCAUGUCCCUCCGUAGCGACCCCUUCCAGGACUCGGUGAGCACACAGCCCACGCACAAGCCAACUGAACCUCACGACAACGCACGCCGACCCAGGAAAGUCAGCAUGGCCUCGUUAUCUCUACCUGGUUCGCCGUUCAAUUUACGACGAGGUUCGCGAGGCUCUCAUCAAAUGGCGCUGCGGCCGAAUGGUCGUGCGCGCUACCCACCGGGCGCAGACCGGAAGCCUCUUGUACUCUCGACCUACCUGGAUGCACAAGAACACCUGCCAUAUGCCGAUGACUCGAACGCUGUCACCCCAAUGUCUGAAGAAAACGGUGCUAUAAUUAUUCCUGUUUACUACGCGAAUUUAGGAUCCCGUCACUCGUCAUAUACAUCGCACCAGUCGCGGUUAUCCUACACGUCUCAUGGCGAUCUUCUCGGCGGUGGCAAAGCACAGACGAAGGAGGCGCGGCUGCGCGGGCGUUCUGCCUCAAGAAACCACAGCGUCACUUCUCAACCGCUCGCCUAUCAGUUACCGCGACAAGAUUCGUCGCUAGCCUCCAGGCCUCUUAGAGAAUAUGAGAUGAGCACGACUGAAUGCACAGAUGAAGCUGGCAAAGUGUUAAAACCGUCAAACGACAAUCCAUUCAUAGAAUCUACGCAACAGCCUAAUGUAGUUGAUAUGAGAGAUGUAAUGGUAUUAAAUGAAAUCAUCGAGCAAGCGGGACGACAGAGUCGAGCAAGCGACCAGAACGUGUCAGUGUACUACUUCCCAACAGCGGAAGACGAUGAGGACGGACCGACAUUCAAAGAAAAACUGUUGGAGUACCUCAUGAAAGGAAUAGACUUCUUCUGUGUUUGGGACUGUUGCUGGCUGUGGCUGGAGUUUCAGAAGUAUGUGGCGCUGCUGGUCUUUGAUCCCUUUGUAGAACUGUUCAUCACGCUGUGUAUCGUGGUCAAUACGCUGUUCAUGGCCCUCGACCACCACGACAUGGACAAGGAUAUGGAGAGAGCGCUGAAGAGUGGCAAUUAUUUUUUCACCGCUACUUUUGGUAUUGAAGCUACACUGAAGUUAAUAGCGAUGAGUCCGAAGUUUUACUUUCAAGAAGGAUGGAAUAUUUUUGACUUUAUCAUUGUGGCCUUAUCAUUAUUGGAGUUGGGACUAGAAGGUGUUCAGGGUUUGUCUGUGUUGCGUUCCUUUCGUUUGCUUCGAGUAUUCAAAUUGGCAAAGUCAUGGCCGACACUUAAUUUACUCAUCUCCAUAAUGGGUAGGACAAUGGGUGCCUUGGGCAACUUGACCUUCGUAUUGUGCAUCAUUAUUUUCAUAUUUGCCGUGAUGGGUAUGCAACUAUUCGGGAAAAAUUACGUGGAUUACGUAGACCGAUUCCCGGAUGGCGACCUUCCUCGAUGGAACUUCACUGACUUUAUGCACAGUUUCAUGAUUGUAUUCCGAGUGCUUUGUGGAGAAUGGAUAGAAAGUAUGUGGGACUGUAUGUUGGUCGGUGAUGUCUCAUGUAUACCAUUCUUCCUGGCAACGGUCGUUAUUGGCAAUCUUGUGGUCCUGAACCUCUUCUUGGCCCUGUUACUGUCCAACUUCGGCUCAUCGAGUUUAUCUACACCAACUGCCGACCAGGAUACAAAUAAAAUAGCAGAGGCCUUCAACAGGAUAUCCAGGUUUACUGAUUGGGUCAAACGAAAUGUUGCUGACUUUUUGAAGAUUCUGAAAAACAAACUGACUAAUCAGAUAGCGAUUCACGCUCCCGAGCGAGUUGACAACGAACUGGAACUUGGAACAGACCUGGAGGAUACCGUACUUUAUAAGGACAAGAAAAUCAAAGACCAAGUAGAAGUAGCUAUAGGCGAUGGUAUGGAAUUCACUAUACCAGGUGAUAAUAAAUACAAGAAAGGCAAAAUACUUUUAAAUAAUAUUAAUGCAAUAACAGACAAUCAUAGGGAUAAUCGGUUAGAUUGUGAAUUAAAUCAUCAUGGUUAUCCUAUACAGGAUGAUGAUACAAUUAGUCAAAAGUCGUAUGGUAGUCACAAAAUCAGGUCGUUCAAAGAUGAAAGUCACAAAGGGUCAGCAGAUACAAUAGAUGGCGAAGAGAAAAAAGAUGCUAGUAAAGAAGACUUAGGAUUGGAGGAAGAAAUGAUAGAAGAAGAAGAAGACGGUAAAUUAGAUGGAGACCUUGGCAAAACAGAUAUUAUAGUUGCUGCUGAUGAAGAAGUGGUAGAUGACAGCCCAUCCGACUGCUGUCCUGAGCCAUGCUACGUAAAGUUUCCCUUCCUUGCUGGAGAUGAUGAGUCACCAUUUUGGCAGGGUUGGGGCAUGCUCAGAUUAAAGACCUUCAGACUUAUUGAGAAUACAUAUUUUGAAACGGCUGUGAUAACAAUGAUUUUGCUCAGUAGUUUGGCUUUGGCUUUAGAAGAUGUAAAUUUACCUCAUCGACCGAUUCUUCAAGACAUCUUAUAUUAUAUGGAUCGUAUCUUCACCGUUAUAUUCUUCCUUGAAAUGUUGAUCAAAUGGCUUGCCCUUGGCUUCCAGAAGUACUUCACAAAUGCUUGGUGUUGGCUCGACUUCAUCAUUGUCAUGGUCUCGCUUAUAAACUUCGUAGCGGCGCUUUGUGGCGCCGGUGGCAUUCAGGCGUUCAAAACGAUGCGAACGCUGCGCGCACUGCGCCCACUCAGAGCCAUGAGCCGCAUGCAGGGCAUGAGGGUUGUCGUGAACGCGCUGGUGCAAGCUAUCCCUUCGAUCUUCAACGUGUUGCUUGUAUGCCUGAUCUUCUGGCUUAUUUUCGCCAUCAUGGGAGUGCAACUCUUCGCUGGAAAAUACUUCAAGUGUGUUGACCUAAAUCAUACAACGCUGAGCCAUGAGAUAAUUCCGGACAGAAACGCAUGCAUCUUGGAGAACUAUACUUGGGAAAACUCACCAAUGAAUUUCGACCACGUAGGCAAAGCUUACCUUUGCCUUUUCCAAGUAGCCACAUUCAAAGGCUGGAUACAGAUCAUGAACGAUGCUAUCGACUCGAGAGAGGUGGGCCGACAACCAAUCCGAGAAACCAACAUCUAUAUGUAUUUAUAUUUCGUAUUCUUUAUUAUCUUCGGCUCAUUCUUCACCCUCAACCUAUUCAUCGGUGUGAUUAUCGACAACUUUAACGAGCAAAAAAAGAAAGCUGGUGGUAGCCUUGAAAUGUUUAUGACAGAGGAUCAAAAGAAAUAUUACAAUGCGAUGAAGAAAAUGGGAUCGAAAAAGCCUUUGAAAGCUAUACCAAGACCGAAGUGGCGACCGCAAGCAAUUGUGUUUGAGAUAGUGACAGACAAGAAGUUCGACAUGAUUAUUAUGUUGUUCAUUGGGUUCAAUAUGUUGACGAUGACGCUGGACCACUAUCAACAGUCUGACACGUUCAGUACCGUUCUGGACUAUCUCAACAUGAUAUUUAUCGUGAUAUUCAGUUCUGAGUGCCUACUAAAAAUAUUUGCCUUACGGUAUCAUUAUUUUGUGGAGCCGUGGAAUCUAUUCGAUUUCGUAGUAGUCAUGUUCUCCAUACUUAGUUUGGUUUUGAGUGAUAUUAUAGAAAAAUACUUCGUGUCGCCCACUUUGCUAAGGGUCGUAAGAGUAGCAAAAGUUGGUCGUGUGUUGCGUCUUGUGAAAGGUGCUAAGGGUAUCCGUACUUUAUUGUUCGCAUUGGCCAUGUCACUGCCAGCCUUGUUCAACAUCUGCCUGUUACUCUUCCUCGUCAUGUUUAUCUUUGCCAUUUUCGGGAUGUCAUUCUUCAUGCACGUUAAGGACAAAGGAGGACUAGACGACGUUUACAACUUCAAGACCUUCGUGCAGAGUAUGAUCCUGCUAUUUCAGAUGUCGACAUCUGCCGGGUGGGACGGUGUACUGGACGGUAUUAUAAAUGAGGAAGAGUGCGAUUUGCCAGACAACGAGCGUGGAUACCCCGGCAACUGCGGCUCCGCCACCAUUGGCAUCACAUACUUGCUCUCCUACCUCGUAAUCUCUUUCCUGAUUGUUAUCAACAUGUACAUCGCUGUCAUUCUAGAAAAUUAUUCACAGGCGACAGAGGACGUGCAAGAAGGUCUUACGGACGAUGACUAUGACAUGUAUUAUGAGAUCUGGCAGCGGUUUGACCCAGAUGGGACCCAGUACAUUCGGUACGAACAGCUGUCCGACUUCUUGGAUGUGCUGGAACCCCCGCUGCAGAUCCACAAGCCGAACAAGUACAAAAUCAUAUCGAUGGACAUUCCGAUAUGUCGCGGUGACAUGAUGUUCUGCGUGGACAUACUGGACGCGUUAACGAAGGAUUUCUUUGCGAGAAAAGGAAACCCAAUCGAAGAUCCCGGAGACCUGGAGGUGGGACGGCCGGACGAGGUGGGCUACGAGCCCGUGUCGUCCACGUUGUGGCGCCAGCGCGAGGAGUACUGCGCGCGCCUUAUCCAACACGCCUGGCGCCGCCACCGCCGGGCGCACGAACCCGGCGACGAGGCGGCAGGCGACGACGCGGGCGGCGAAGGGGCCGCCACGGCGGUACUGAUGGACGCGGUGACGCCCAACGGACACCGCGUGGUGCUGUCGCCGGGCGUGCUAUCGCCGGGCUCGGGCGGGGGCGGCGCGGCGCCCGUCUGA